GCGUUGUGGGCAAAUUGGCUCACUAAACAUCGAUAUCGACCAAUAUACUUUAUGUACAGAUCUCUUCAGCUUGGAAGCGUUUGAGUGCGCCCUUAGGUUAAAUAUUUAUUUCAGAUUCCAGAUUUCAGAGGACAACAGCAUGGUCGAGCCAAAAACUAAAGCCCCGCAUUUACGGACCCCCACAGCAGAGACCGUUCUACCACUCAGCAGGGUCCGGACCAUCAUGAAGAGUUCGAUGGAUACCGGCUUAAUUACGAACGAAGUGCUCUUCCUGAUGACCAAGUGCAGUGAACUAUUUGUGCAGCAUUUGGCGCGAGAAGCGUACGCGGCCUCUUGCUCCAAGGAGACCAGUGACACCCUCAAGUACGAGCAUCUCUCGCAGCUGGUAAACAAGAGUUCCAAUCUCGAGUUCCUGCUCCAAAUAGUUCCAGAGAAGAUUCGCGUGCACACAUUCCAGGAAAUGCUGCGCCUCAAUCGUUCCGGCACCACCAGCGAUGAUGAUGACGAUGAUGACUCUGAAUCCGAAUCUGAGUCCGAGUCAGAUGAAUGAUGAGGCGCGGCACUGGGCCCCAUUUCCAGCACACCAUUUAUACACUAAUCCUCACGUCCAUUUACCAUUACCAAUUGAUUUAUUGUGCGAUUUGUUAACUUUAUGAAGAUUUUAUGCCUAGAUUUAAGCACAGUGUUUUGCAAUUCACCAAAUGUACUCCAUACGAGUAAGUGUUAACUUUACAAUGAAAUAAAUUUUAGUUAUGAAGCCAAAA